UCCUUUCGGUUUUCAUUUGUAUGGUCAAUUUACAAUUCAGUUUUCCUCACGGCACGGGUUUUCUUUCGAUCUUUCUUCACUGAAAACGAAAAACAACCGGCCGCAUUUGGCUUCCAACAUUUUCCGGGAGUGCAGGUUUCUGCUGUGCCGUGCUGUCCCGUUUGCCACCUGUUUCUAAUUAGUGCCGAAUAUAGUUUUCUUUCCCGGAGCUGACCGCGCGAGUUACGAAACUGAAGAAAUGUUCGAAGAAGCGGAUAACUUUGCGGAUCUGUUCCGCGGUGGACUGCCCUACUAUCUGCUGAUCACGCUUCCAAUUUUGAUCAUUUGCUCGUCGAAUCCGGUGCUGGCUGCCAGCGAGUUUGGUGUCCAGCGGAUGUCACAGUAUGAUGUUCACGGUGCCGCAUACGGGUGCCGCGCGUCGGCAUUGAAUUUGGAAGCCAAAUCCCUGUAUACUUGGCAGACGUCCCGGCAUUGUGUGUUGACCCGGUUGCAGGAUAUGACCAUCGACCAUUUCCGCGAAAUCCGUGCAAAGGCGGGUGGUCUUGUGGUUCUGCUGCCGGAAGACACAGCCGCUCUGAGCUUGGAGGACAAGCAGCACAUUCACCUGCUGGAGCAAGCGAUGAUGGUGCAAGAUGUCCCCAUUCCGGUGUACUUUUCUAAGUUCGAUUCCAAGCUGAACAGCAUCAUUGACGAAGUCACACGUACCACCGUACGCAAUCCUAAACAGAGCACCCAGAGCCGCGAAUCGGCUUUCAGCGAAAUAUUCGGUUCGAUAUCGGCCAACGGUUACCAGAUCGUGGUGUCCGGUUCUUCCCAUACCGCCAACAAGCAGUCCAAGAUACCGAUCAUUCAGGGUGAGCUGGCCCCGAUGAAGCCGAGCAAAGCGCUGGAUGGCGAUAAUAAGCUGCCGCUUAUCAUUGUAACGGCACAUCUCGAUACAUUCGGUCUGACAAACUCCCGGCAAAGCAAUGCGGAUGUGGCCGUACUGCUGACGCUGGUCGAACUUUUUAGCAAGCUGCAUGCAAGCAUCCCGAAAUAUCGGCUCAUAUUUUUGGUGUCGGAAUCGGGUCUAUUGCUUAACUUCCAGGGCAUGAAGAAGUGGCUCGAUUCAAACUUGGACGAAAAUAUCCAGAUACAGCAUGCGGAAUUUGUCGUUUGUCUCGACACGAUCGGGAAGCUGUUGGCGAACGAGAACGUCUACAUGCAUGUGUCGAAACCUCCGAAGGAGGGUACAUCGAUGAAUAGCUUUUACAAGACGCUCCGAACCGUUGCCCAGCGGUAUGGAAAUGUGAGCGUGGAGGGAGUGCACAAAAAGAUCAAUCUGGCAGACACGUUGCUAGCUUGGGAACACGAGCGAUUUAGCAUGAAGCGCAUGCCCGCCUUUACCCUGUCGAAUGUUAAGAGCCAUAAAGACCCAAUGCGAAACACCAUCUUUGAUGAUGAUACUGUGGAGGAGCAGUUGGAUGCACUAGAACGUAAUGUAAAAAUUAUCGCAGAGGCACUAGCAAGUCACAUCUACAAUGUACCGGCCGAGGACGGGGCAGCUGGAGAAAUAUUCACCGGCUCCAUGGCAAUCAGUCGGGAGCAAAUUAAGCCCUGGUUGCACAUUCGGUCGACGCAGCAGAACAAUGAUCUGAAGUACGCGUUCGAAAAGUACCUGCGCAAUGUGAAGGUUACCUACGAGAAGCCGGAUGCUCGCGAACCAGAUUUUAUGCUGUACGACGAUCGCGAUGCCUUGCUUAACAUUUACAACGUAAAGCCGGCCGUUUUCGAUCUGUUCCUUACCUUUAUGAUUGCUGCCUACCUGUCGGCGGUCUACUUUGCCAUCUUCCACUUUCCGAGACUGUACGGUAUCUUGUGUCGCAUGACGGUAGCUAAAACCAAAGUAAACUAAGCGAGGACAAGGAAUAGUGGGCGCCGUUAGCAUUCAUCAAUCGUUUUAGAACACGGGUAGUGUGUAGCGUGUAGAUUACAUUGUUUUGUUUCCCUUUCCCUGUUGAAACUCAAUUGCGUUAGCGUUUCUUAUCGAACCGUUCAUUUAGGAAAGUAAAAUAUCAUUUGAUUUGCUUCACUAAAAAACACUCUUUCCAUACAACUGCACUGUCUUCAUCAUUUCGUUUGGCGUUAUCUGCAUAAUUAUUCAUAGCACGUUUUGUUACCCAGUACCACGCUAGUCGGUAGAACGUUGAGUACAUCAAAAUCUGUUUCGUUCGAUGGUUUUUGCAUAAGUUUUCGGCAAUUGUCUCUAUUACUUUGCUUGUAUCGUUUCAACUAAGCAGAUCUCUUCGUACCGAAGACUAGCUUUGAACGGCCAACAUCACGCGAAACCCGAGCAAAGACAAAUAAAAAUCAUGUAAUUGCCAAGCG